AUGCGCUCGCUCCUGUUGGUUGUUCUCUUAACAUUGAUCGUUCUGCUAGCCAUCACUGAAGCGGCCUCCCCCAACAUACCUAUUCAAGAAGCGACGAAAGGCCUCGAGCCGGUUCUCAUACUGCCUGUCCGAGCGUUGUCGGCUGAGGAUAGCAUUAACAAGAAAAGGAGACUCCGAGGCGACAGCAACAUAAAGACCAUUGAAGAUAUGAACGUCAAUGGCGAAGAGCGCGCGAUGUCUCUCUCAAGUAUUUUGGAUCGUGCAGAAGCAUUUCUAGUCCGGAUGGAAACCAAAGUGUCCCCCCAGACGAAGAAAUUGAAAGAUAACAUCGAGAAAAAUGUGAUGGCAUGGCUUUACAAAUUGGGAGAAACGCCGACGACUCUAGGAGCCAAGCUUCUGGGAAGUGACAACUCUCUUGUUCGCAAGUACAGAACUUGGUGGGAGAAGGUUCGCCCGUCAGUGCCCAAGUAA